AUGAACCUCCAAAUCCGAACUCUUCUUUUCGCGGCAAUGCUUCGCUUGGCCUCUGCAAAGGAUGCUCGAACCUUUGCCGUCAACCACUUCUACGGCCAAGGCCCUCUGACGGAGGGUCGCAUGGAUCCAAUCGUUAAUCCUGGCGUUCCGGCUAGCCAUGUGCACGCUAUUCAGGGCGGAAGUAGCUUCAACUUGACGAUGGGUAAUAACGACCUGAUGGACUCGCAGUGCACUUCGUCCUUGGUUGAUGCGGACAAGAGCAACUAUUGGACACCGUCCCUUUAUUUUCAGGAUCCCACUAAUGGAAGCUUCAUUGCGGUUCCAUUCUACUACAUGAAUGUUUACUACUUCUUCGAACCAACCGAUGAUGAGAUCAAACCCUUCCCCGUUGGACUCCGCAUGAUGAGCGGCGACAAAGACCUACGAACACCACCAGCGGGCGGAGCCGCAAACGUACUGGACACAAAUCAAGGGAAAAUCCAACCUGUUCAAUGGACAUGCCCUCGAACCUCCUAUGACCCUCCUUCAUACCCUGAAAAUUCCGACGGGCUUCAUGGCGUUGGUAUUCAAGACCCCAACAACAAAGGAGCUGGUGCUGGCUUCCCAGAUGCGAAUUGUGAUGGAUUUGCGUCCCCAUUGCGUGCGGACAUCCACUUUCCCUCGUGUUAUAACCCGAAGGCUGGCUUGACCGAUUAUAAGAAUAACAUGGCGUUCCCAAGUGGAAAAGGAACGACUUCUGGAAAGGCCAAUUGCCCCGAAGGAUGGAUUCAUCUUCCGCAUAUCUUUUAUGAGGUGUACUGGAAUACUCCUCUCUUUGCUGACUUGUGGGAGCAAGGCAAGGGCACGCAGCCUUUUAUCUUGGCUAAUGGUGAUCGCACUGGAUAUUCCCUUCACGGAGACUUUAUUGCUGGCUGGGAUGAAAGUGUUUUGCAAAAAAUCAUCAACAAUUGCGACGCUGGCGAUAGCGGAAUGGACAAGUGCGCCGACGCUGGAACAAUCAAUGAUUCAUCUAAAACCUGCAACAUCAAGAACCAAGUUCCAGAGACUAUUUCUGGAGUCCUUGAAAAGCUUCCAGGAGACAAUCCACCAUCAGGAUGGGGUCAAGGCAAAAUUAGUAGCUCCUCAAGUUCAUCAGAGGAUACCGGUUCUUCGACCACGGCAAAUGCCAAGUCCGCAGUCUAUACCGACACUGCGACGUCAGAGAAAAGCCCCGAAAAUGAGAGCCAUACCGAUGAGUGGUCAUACCUUGGCUGCUAUUCCGAUAACCUCUCUGCUCGAGUCCUGAAUGGAGUUGAAUUUGCCGAUCUUGGCGAAGGAAAAGUAACCUCCACAGCUUGCAUCAGUUACUGCAAGAAAGCCGGGUUCUCGAUGGCAGGUACGGAGUAUGCUGGUGAAUGUUUCUGUGGAACUGAUCUAGGAGCCAGCUCAAAAAUUGCAGCCAAUAAGUGCAAUAUGAAAUGCGAUGGGGACGCAUCUCAGGUCUGUGGUGGAAGUUUGGCACUGAGCGUGUAUGGAAAGGCCAGUGAGACUUCGUCGAAGAAAUCAACGCGACACCUUUCCCGUCACCGAUUCGGUCGGCAUAUCAACAUGAUGAGUUAA